CGUCCCUCUACUUUGGGCAACAACACCCUGAUAGUGGACUGGAUGCCACAGAAGGACCUCCUGGGCCACCCACAGACCAAAGUCUUUGUAGCUCAUGGAGGAACCAAUGGAGUCCAGGAGGCCAUUUACCACGGGGUCCCUGUGCUCGGCAUACCAUUGUUCUUUGACCAAUAUGACAACCUUUUACGUCUGCAGGAGAGAGGAGCCGCAAAGAUCAUUGAGCUAGGUGAUGUUAACGGCCACAGUUUUGAGCAAGGUAUCAAUGAAGUGCUCCAUCAUGAGGGCUACAGACAGAACAUGCAAAGACUGUCACGUCUGCACAGAGAUCAGCCAAUGACACCCAUGGACCAGGCCAUCUUCUGGGUGGAAUAUGUGAUGCGCCAUAAAGGGGCUCCUCACCUGCGUACAGAGGCCUAUAAGAUGCCCUGGUACUCUUAUUACUGUUUGGAUGUACUGCUA